AUGCCGCGGACGAAUGGCGUGCUCGUGGUCCAGAGUGGGCGAAGACGGGGGUACACAGAACGCACGCAUUGUGUGAUCGCCCUACCGACACGCGAAUUUGCAGUACCUUUCCGAAAAGGUGUGCACCCCCGCGCAUUUGGACCAGGUGCUCCCACGCCGCCGUCCAGUGAGCACCUGACGUUGCGAAUCACGCGAUCGAGGCAUCUCAGGGACGCGGUUGCGACGUGCGGGCUGACCUCGGCAAAGCUGGCAGAGCUCCAGCGAGGGCUGAGAAACAACGCGCACGCAAUCGCCUUGGCGAGGCGAAAUGCGGAGCGAUAG